AUGAACCUCGAGAUGCGAUCCUCAAAGAUCGAGGACGGCGAGGACGGCGUUGACGCCAUCCUCUGGCUCUGGGAGCAUGGCGAGCAGUAUGGGCUCGACCGCACGCGAUUCGUGUUGAGCGGGGGCAGCGCAGGUGGGAAUCUAGCCUGCGCAGUGCCAUUCCGACUUCACGAGUAUUUCAGGCAGCGGCAGCAGGGACAGCAUGAACAACAUGAGCCAGAGCAAAAGAGGAACAACCGUAUCGGUCUAGCCGGCAUCGUCGGGUUCUACCCCAGCACCGACUGGACACGCACCCGAAAAGAAAGAGACGCAACAAACCCGAUUGCUGCAAAGAAAUCCAUCAUCACACCAAAAGUGUUCAGCUUCUUCGACAACUCCUACCUUCUGCCCGAGACCCUACCCAAACAGUCCGGCACUAAUACCGUGGACAUGUCGCACCCUUAUCUGUCUCCGGGUCUUGCGCCAACAGCGCAACUGCUUGCGGCUUACCCGCUCUCUGUGGUCCUGUACACGUGCGCCUGGGACCAGUUGCUGGUCGAGGGAAACGCCUUUCGGGAAAGGCUGCAUGCCUAG